GCGUCUCUGGGGCAGCUGCAGGUCAUGGCCGCAACGGCGCUCCGAACCAGCGAACUCCCGGUGGCCGCGCCAAUCGUGUGGGCCCUCCGCACUUCAUCUCCGCUCAUCUCCUGGGCUCCUGUGCUCGUGUCCCGAGUGGCUUAGACUGCGACCGGACCACCGCAGCUCUCCCUGCACUGCUCCUGCUCUACACACCCAAACAAACAACCCACCUGCUAUACAGACCUUUGUGCCGCUAUAUCGCCAACCGCCAUACCGCCAGCCUCGCCGCCCUGCGACCGCAUUUCUGUCGACGCGCCCCGCGCCCCAGCCGUCACGCGCCGCAUUCCACACGUCCCACCCCAAGCCACACCCGCACCAUGCGGUAGAGACACCAUGGAGAGCGUGAUACAUGAAGACUCGCCGCUGGCCGAGUUCCUCGAGGGCGAGGGGAGAGGCCGCUCGGCACCGCCGUCACCCGCUGCAUCCACCGAUGACGCCCACGACGCCCACGACGCCCACGGCUUUGCGCCCCGCGGGCCCUCGACGCUGCACUCGCGCAUCCGCGACCGCCUGCCGCAGCCGCUGCGCAUCCGCGCCAACCGCCACGGCUCCGUUGCGCGCAUCCACCUGGCCUGCUCGAAAGCCGUCAACGCCCGCCUCGGCCGCGCCGACAACGAGCGCUUUCUCGAGCACUUCCGCUACCUGAUCGUCGCCUCGCAGCUGCUGGGCGAACAGUCGAGCAUCCGCACCGCCACCUUCCCGAGCCACGGCCACGGCGCAGGCCCCGGCUCCGAGUUCAAGGUCACCACCAUUAGCCCCACGGGCGCCGUGCUCACCGCCGCCACCGCCUUCACCCUCGUCUGGCUGAUCCACUGGUCGCGCCGCAAGUCGGGCUUCAGCAAGGCCCGCUUUGUCGUCGUCCUCGUCGUCUUCGUCUUCGUGGCCACGGCCUCGUACGGCCAUGUGCGCCGCCAGUGGCUGCAGACGCUGCGCCAGCACGCCGUCGAGAACGCAUCCGCCCUGGUCACCAACUUGCAGGCCUUCGAGGCGUCCACCUCGUCUGCGCUCGCCCUCAUCCAGGAGGUCGAGCUGGUCUCUAGGGGGUACCGACUCUCUAUGCCCAUGCCGCCCAUCUCCCGACUCGAAGAGCGAGGACAAGCCCGCCGCUGCCAACGCCUGCGCCGCAGCCUCUGGGCCGCCUACGCCACCAUGAUCCCCAUCCUGGCCGCGCAGUGCCAGAUCUUGAGGCGCCAAUGCCAGGAAGAAGACAUUGAGAAAUACCUCGACGUCUACGAAAUCAGCAAUCCAGACCUGCAGGAGGCCGCCCUGGGCUACAGUGAGACCGAGUUCGAGGACAUUGAGAGCAUCAAGGCCCUGCGAGCGUGGCAGUACCGCCUGUCGACCCUGCGCCGCGUCUACCUGUGCUCGCUGCUGGCACUCCAGGCCGACGGCGGAAAGGCCGACUUCUCGAGGUGGGGCACGGUCGCCGAUUCCAUGAUCACCGUGGCCGCGCCCACGGGAGAGCGGAGCGAGAAGUUCAACCAGGUUCUCGCCGAGGAGGAGCAGUUCAUAAUACCGUCGCCGAACAAGCUGCAGCCCACCCCCGGCCGCGAGAAUCUGCGCAAUUCGGUCCGAAAGCUCUCAGGCCUCUCCCAAGGCAUCCGCGGCCUGCAAGCAAAGAUGCAGGUCCUGCGCGAGGAGACCAACAAGAGCCUCGAAGACACCGAAGACGUCACCGAGCUCGGCGGCCACCUCAUGGUGCAGUACGACUCGAUCGGCGCCGACCUGCGAAGCCUGAUCCAGGCAUGGGAGACGGGGCGAAAUGCGCUUGCCCUCAACAUCGAACGCCACGAACGACGCAUCUCGCAAGCCUCGAGCAGCGGUCUCCGCUCCCCCGUCCCCAGCCUGGGUGGUCUGACGGCUGUCGAUGAAGGCAGUCCGUCUGAUGCCCUCCGCGCUUUGAAUGGAGAGACGCUGAGUCCGCAGCAGAGUGCUCCCCCGAGCGACCAAGGCAGCAACUCGGACGACGAAGUCUUCGAGGCCAUCGCCAUUCCCAAGACGCGCCUCAGCAUGUCGAGAGAAGAGCGCAUGCAGAGAAUGCAGGCCGACCGCGCCCGCCAGGCGUCGCUGCGCGAGCAACGCGAAGCGAGUAAUAAUAUGCUGCGCGAGCUCGAGAGCGUCAUCAACCUCAGGCCGCACCGCCACACGCUGCCGGCCGGACGAGUUACGAGUCUAUAAUGUCUUUACUUUGUCAGCACCAGCUAACCCACCAUCUACAGCCAUCGCAUAUUGCAGCUAUCGUGUUUCCUUGCCGGCGUUUGUUUGCACAUCGUACAAAUUCUGGGUCACCAUAUACCACAUCGCAUCGUUUGUCCCGUGCGCUGGGGGCAUAAUGUUUUACAUGCAAUCUCAUUGUCUUAGUCCUAGUCUCGUGGGUUCUGUCCCAAGCUCUCGUUCGCCCAGACUGUCUGGCUGCGUGAGGAAGCUGGCGCGAGCGUACAUAAGAACGAAUAAAAGAAUCGCCCUGAUGGCACUGCGUCCGGAAUGAUCACUCUGCCGCACGGUCAUUGGCUGGUGGCGGGCACUUUACGCGACUGAUUUAGCGCGCUUUGGCGCGACG